AAGCUACACAAACCAUGAAAUGCUAUAAAUACACAGCAUGCAACUCAAACAUGGCCACGGGAAGUUGAUAAAAAAGACUCACAGUUAGCUGCGAAAAGGAAAAAGAAAGUUUGAGACUUGCAAGUUUAAAGGUAAGAUGGCAUCCCAUGAGCAAAGCUAUGGAGCUGGAGAAGCCAAGGGCCGAACUCAGGAAAAGACGAACCAGAUGAUGGGCAAUCUUGGGGAGAAGGCCCAAGCUGCAAAGGACAAGACCAAGGAAAUGGCCGAUGCAACGAAGGACAAGACUCAACAAGCAGCCCAAGCAGCAAAGGACAAGACCCAACAAACUGCCCAAUCUGCAAAGGACAAGACUUCGGACACUUCCCACGCUGCAAAGGAGAAGGCCCAACAGAAUAAAGAUGCUGCUCAACAGAAGGCCUCAGAAAUGGGCCAGUCUACCAAGGAAUCUGCCCAGUCAGGGAAAGACAACACAGAAGGGUUCCUGCAGCAGACAGGGGAGAAGGUGAAGGGUAUAACCCAGGGUGCUACCGAGGCCGUGAAGCAAACGCUUGGCUUGGGCCAGCAUGAUCAAGAUCACGGCAGGGAUCACUAGCUGCUAGUUCAUUUCACUUUCAAUAGUUACGUUGACCAA